CAUUUUCAGUACAGUAAAGCUUCUCACGCGUGUGCUUGUCCGGAAGCCUUGAUCCAAGAUGACGUGGUUUGCCUUUGUCUGUUUUCUUGGCGUUUCACAUGCUUUCCUUCUGGAGACAAGUCGUGUGUGUUAUGGUGAGCUGGGGUGUUUUGAGGACGGGUCACCCUUCUGGAGCACCCACCGUCCCCUUUCCGUUCUACCAGCCAGUCCUGCUGACAUCGGCACCAGGUUCUUCCUGUACACCAGAGAUAACCCAACGGUGGCGACAGAGGGAGAAGUAUUUUAUGGCUUUCCCGACAGCAUUACGAAUUCUACAUUCAAUGCCAAACUUCCAAUCAAGAUCAUUGUACAUGGUUAUACAGACAACGCACAUCUGGAGUGGGUUAUGAACAUGGUGACUGAGUUACUGAAACAGGCCCCGAUGAACGUGAUAACAGUUGACUGGGAAAAGGGCGCGGCAAUACCGUACACGACCGCCACAGCCAACACGCGUGUAGUCGGGGCGCAGAUAGCACAGCUGAUCAACUACAUCAUGAAGCUGACUGAAUGCUCAAGUUCUCAGUUCCACGUGAUCGGACACAGUCUCGGCGCACAUAUCGGAGGAUACAUUGGUGAGAGGGUCACUCACCUGGGCAGGAUAACAGGCUUGGAUCCAGCUGGACCAUUUUUCGACAACACCCACCCUGCCGUUCGAUUAGACCCCUCCGAUGCCGACUUCGUUGACUGUAUCCACACGGACGGCUCCAGCAUCUUCAGUCUUGGACUCGGCACACCGGAACCUAUGGGCCAUGUGGAUUUCUAUCCAAAUGGUGGUUUCCAUCAACCUGGAUGUAAAAAUUCUCUGGGCGAUAAAAUUACGGGCACGGCAUGGAAUGCAAUCACCAUUGGCCUUCUUGGUGCAAAAAAGGUUGCUUCUUGCAGCCACUUGGCUUCUUUUAGGUACUUCACCGAAUCUAUCAACACCCACUGUCCUUUCAAAGCUUAUCCAUGUGCUAGCCCUGAGAACUUUUUGGAGGGAAAGUGCCUGGAAUGUCACGGACAGUGUUCUGCCAUGGGUUAUCACUCUGACAAGGGUCAAGGACGUGGGUCACUUUAUUUAGCGACACAGGGGACUGUUCCGUAUUGCAGUUAUCAUUACGACGUGAAGUUAAUGUUUGCGGAAAAUUUCAACGGUAAAAUGACAGUGACACUUCAUGGGACGACUGGAGAUACACAUCGCAUAACAGUGAGCAAGAACGAUGAAGUUCUCGCGCCCGGGAAAGAAAUGUCUCACAUGGUGAUAACUCCGUCAUCCAUUGGUCAGAUUAAGUCUGUAACACUGAGCUAUGACAAAACAGCCAGCCUGUUGACAGCUUGGCUAUACCCGGACACAAUCCACCUUACGGUCAUUCACAUUUACCAAGGAGAAACUCAGACCAUGGCAUCAUUCUGUUCAAAUGGAAAGCAAGUGAUGUCUCAUGGAGAAACAACGUUCACUGCAGGAUGUUGACUAAGAGCUGAUCGCGUAUGUAAAGAUCUUGUUUGUCAUAGAUUUCCAGCUAAUAAAGCAUAAAAUA